GUUAUCAAUCGAAUUAUGUUCGUUCCAUGUAACUUGUCGCUAUCGCCGUCAUAUUCCUUCUAAACUCAAUCUGGUUAAACGCCAUACCAGGAUAAGCUCCCUAUGGUUUAGAUCUCGAAUAUCAUCACAACCAAGACAUUUGGUAAUAAAGCUUCCUCGGUUCUAGAAACAAAUCAUAUAGCUACUCAUUCCUAUGCCCAAGUUCACAUGAAUCCUCUCAGGCACACAAACAUGCCAACAACACAUCCAGAACACUACGCCCAUGCAAAGCUACACAAGCGCCCAAUUCGAUAACACUCAUGCAUUAAUUAAACCAAAGAACCCGCCAAGAGUCGCCUUUACCCCUGAACAAACAACCGAAGAUGAAACGAAACAAAGCAAUCGAUCCCUCCCCCACAACCCAUUGCCUGUCUAUAAUUCCACCUAUCCACCUCCAACCCCGGAUGUAUACAACAUCGAGCCCUUAAGAAUGUCUACCCCGGACCACCUACCAACAGGCGUCCCCAAACGCAAACCCGUGCCUCCACCACCACAACCACCACAACCAGCACCAGCAGCGCCAGCAACACCAACAAUUGACCAACUCAAACCCCACCCUCAAACCCCAAAAUGGCCUCCAGCCCAAUGGACCCAACUCCCCAGAAAGAAAAAACGCCUUGUCCUCCUCGCAAUCGCCAUCGCCAUACUCCUCCUCGCCCUGAUAAUCGGUCUCGCAGUCGGUCUAACCCGGCAUUCCAAACAAAACCUGCCCCUGCCCACAACCAACGGAGGGCCCUACACGGGCGACCUGACAUACUACGAUCCGGCGCUGGGCUCAUGCGGAAUAACCAGUUCCAAUUCGGACUUGAUCUGCGCGGUGUCGCAUGUUCUCUUUGAUGCUGCGUCAACGGGGUCGAAUCCGAAUGCGAAUCCGCUGUGUGGGAUGAAGGUGAGGUUGAAGAGGGGGGAGGCGAGUGUUGAUGCUACGGUUGUGGAUCGGUGUACCGGAUGUGCCGUCAAGGAUCUGGAUGUGAGUCGGGCGGUUUUUAAGAAGUUGGCGGAUUUGGAUCUGGGGCGCGUGAGUGUGGACUGGGCUUGGUUGGAGGAGGCGCCUGUUUCUGUGAGAUGAGUUUUUCAUGAGGUUUAUGAUAUGACUGGAUUAUUGGCAUGUUAUGUUUCAUGAGGUUU